ACAGUAAAUACUUGUGGGAGAUAAAAUAAUAGUUUUUCAUUGUUUUGUGGAUAUUUAAAGACUAUUAAAAUUUAAGCACUAGUAUUUAAGUAAAAUUUUGAGUUAUUGACUAUUUCUAAUCAUUGUUGUAAUAUAAUAAUCUAAGUUUUUUUUUUAUUAUUGAGUUUCUUAGAAUUAGAUAUGUUUCAUUAUUACGAUAUUAACCCCGUAAUAGGGACUUAAAACUGUGUCGGCUGAAAUUUAUCUGGAUUGAAAUUAACUAUUCGACUUGAAUAAUAAAUUUUAAAAUGACUAAAACUACGACGCAAAAAAUAAAAGGUCAUCCAAAAAAUCAAAAAGGUUUACGAAAAACUCCAAGUGUAGUAAAAGAUACAAUACCGCAGAAAAAAACGAGAAGUGCUCUUGCUGAAAAUGCCCGGGUCAGACGAGCCAAACUCACCAAAAAUGAUAUUAAAAUAAUGUUAGCCAAUGAAGUUGUUAGAGCUCAGUUCCCUCAAAAACGAACAUGGACUGGUAAUACUUCAAAAAUUGAUGUACCUAAAAAAACAAACACGAGAACUACGAACAGAAGACGAGUAAAUAAAACAGAUAAUGUUCAACAUGCUAAGGACUGCGAAGUAGAUUGCAGUAAGACAGCAAUUGAUACAAAGAAAGGCAGUAAAAUGUUAAAAAGACAGGAAAAUGAAAUCGUUGGAAUCAACACAACUUGUACAACAUCAAAGGAUGAGUCUGUACAAGUUAAAGAAGAAACAUCUAUACCAAAUAGACUCAGAAGUAGACGGACAGCAAACAAAUCGGCUCAAGCUAAAGAUAAUCACAAAAAACAACUUCAACCACAGAAAAAGCAGACAAAAUCAAGGGCUGCCAGAAGGAAGUUACAAAUGAAGCAUAAACCCGAAGAAACAUGUGAGAACAAACUCGAUGAUAACAUCAGCGAACCGGCCCUGAAAGAAAAAAUUGAUGUUAUUGACAUGGAUAAGAGCAGUUCUAAGAGUUCCUUGAUAUUGAGGAGUAAUUCCCGUUCAUCAGAAUUGUCGUGGACGAAAAAUAUUUCUAGUUCCGCCACAACGAGCUGUAUAACAGUGUCUCCUAAUGAUUUUUUCGCAAUCGAUAAUAAAGUUCCGCUUGUCAGAUUAAUAAGUAUUGACUGGGCCGUUAAGGAUCCAGUUAAUAUUAAUCAAGUAAAUCAAGGAAAAAGUAUUAGUGAUACUGAUAGUGAUAGUGCUACAAGUGGGAUGAAUAAGGGUGAUUUACAAGGAAGCGAUGAUGACACAAACAUUGACAUUUCCUUGCCAUCAUUGAAUCUCAGCACCUCAUCCUCUGAUACGUGUUCCACGAAUAAUUCAGAAAAUACUUCGGAACCUGUUGAUAAGUUUGGUGAGACGUUAAAGAAAAUAUCGUCUAACCUGGAAUCGCUUGAACUUGAGAUGGUAAGCUGGACGGAUACUGCGGAUGAGGAUGCGAGUCAUGAUAGUGAUUUAUUGAAUAACGAAAAAAUCCAAAGCAUUUUCUUGACAGACGAGGGAGACGUUCUAGUGACAUGCAGAGAAAUAAAUCGUGUCUUACUGGAACCCAAAGAGGUUACGACGAAUGAGAAUUUAGCAGAUACAGAAACAGCUGAAGGGAAUGAUUGUGAAGAAAAAUCUGAUGAAGUAAUUGAAACAGGAGAGGAUAUAAAUACAAAAGAAACAAAUGUAUUACCGUGUUGUACACUUGCGGAGAAUGAUAACGCUAACCUGUCUCCCGCAGACUCUGAUGAUGAAGACACAAUAUCAUUGUUCGCUGAAAGCAUAACUGAUUUAGACACACCGAAAUUGAACGAUUCGGGGGCUGGUGACGAUUUAAAUGUUACAGAAGAAUAUAUCCCGGAACCUAUAAGCAAAUGUCCAUUCAAAACACCAGAAGUAAGAUACCAACCGACUGUUAUUUCCAACACAAAAGCAGCUGAACCUAACCUGAUCUCUAACCUGAAUAGUCCUAUACAAAACACAGUUUCCACAUCCUUCUGCAAGGACAGGAAAAUAACAUAUGGUAACAGAGCGUAUGGCAAUCAGAAUAGGAUCCUCAACAAGGAAGCCACGUGCAGUGGAAAUGUCAUGUCACAACCAAUAUUAAUAUCCUCGAUAUAUAAGCCGAUACAGGGCGUCAAGAGCGUGGUGUUUAGAGGCGUCUGCUUCUUCCAUUUGAUAUCAAGCUGUAAGAAUAACUACUGUAAAUUUCCUCACAUCUUCAUUGAAAUAGAUGAUAUCAGAAAGAAACUGUCAGUCCUCAGCGAGGAUCUGUUCUUGGAGGAAUAUAUAUUGGUUAAAAGUUGGCCGCAUCUGAGACGGAGAUACGGCCAGUGCUUCGUAGACGAAUGCAUAAACAGAGACUUGUCAAGGAUGCUGGUAGAAAUGUCCAUAGACUUCGUCAUCAAAGCCAAUUGCAGUUCCACAGACGACGAACGUUUGAAAACUGAGGUCGCCGAGAAAGUGUUGCUUUACUUGAACGAUAUAGAACUCGCACGUUUCACUGAUUUACUAACAUACAAGGUGGAGUACAGCGGCGUUUUGUUAUAUGAAUUCUUCCUGUCGACUAUAUCGAAGUCGCAGAACUUUUCCCGUUUCAAGGCUGUUUUUAUAAAACUGGCGGAUUUUAUGUCCCAUUUACAAAGGGUGUUCGACCAGGACGCCGCUACUCUCUUGCUUGAAAGGAUCAGUAUUCUGCCGUACGAUGAAGGUUUGGCGUUGGGAAUGAUAAAGGUCAUCAAAAAAACGGAUGAAAUUAUAUUCUCCAGUCCUCUGAUGCGUUAUUUUGAGACACAGUUGAGAUUUUCGAAUUUAAACUUAUAUAACGAGCUCAUCAGACUCAAAAACAAUGCCCUAGCCAACUCCGAGAAAUUUGAACGCACUAACAACAAAGCACAUACAGAAGUUUCCGGCCAAACGCAAAUUAAUAGCAUUAAGUUGAAUAAAAUUAUCGGAUCUCCAAUAGCCACGAAAAUACUGAAUAAUGCGUCGCAACCAAUGCUAAUGAGGACUGUUGAUUUAAAUCAAUUAGGACUCUACUUAAGACUUCAAGCGGCAAAAGCAAACAUGUCUGUUUUCGACAAUAUCAGCCAGAGACGCUUCGACCAGUCAGUGACGACACCUCGCUGGCUAGGAUCAAAAUACAGAUUGGAGCAGUUUCCAAAAGCGGGACCGAGUAAAUGUCAAAGAACGCCUGCGUCUAAAUACUUUCAAGAUUAUUAUUGAAUGUGUUUAUCUGUUACCAUGUACUUUAUUUCUUAGCUUUACUCAAACUUUUGUUAUCAGAAUAAAUUUUGUUAUUUUGUUGUGUCUCUGUUAACCUCUUCACUUGUGUUUAUUUAUAGUUCGGACAUAAAAUUUUGAGCUCAUUUUAAUAGAGGUUUAAAAUCUGUAAUAAUUUUGCUUUCGUCGUUAGGAUUAUAUAAUAUUUGACAUAGUGUACUGUUAUUAUUUGCGAUGUGACAUUCAUGUAACUAUUAUAAUAAAAUUUAAAUAUAAGGACCCGAAAAUGUAAUUUAAUUCUACGUAAAACUUGAAAGGUCCUUACUAAGAUCAUUUAUCUAGACAGGCGCUUUUUUUUAGUGCUAGUAUAUAUUUUUUUUUAUAUACUUUACUUAAUUUGCAGCUACAAUGCCAAACUAUGAGUAGAUGGCAGUGAUUGUAUUCGAUACAAGUCAUUGUACUUCUGGAAGUAGUUUUAUGAGAAAAUUUUUACUGUGUCUCAGUUGUUCUUUUUUCAACUUAAAAAAGAUUAUGUUUAAAUAAAAAAAAUAUGAUUGAUUA